AUGAUCCAUCCUCUUUCCAUCUCGAUUCUGUUCUACUCAUGGGCGGUAUCUGCAUCCCCAAUCGCAUCCCCACUGGCGGUGACGGCGGCAAUCUCUCCACCACAGGCACCACCACCAGGAUGCACGGGCUCGUUUCCCGGCGUGUUCGGCAUCGCACUGAUGAACAUCUCGAUGUCUGCGUCUGCCUCAGGCUCGGGUGUUGCUGGUGGCAGACUCCGCGUGAGACGACAGGGACAGGCGCCACCGGCUCCGAUCUUCACCAUGGGCGUCGUCUCGCAGAUCGGUGACGGCCAGGUACAGGGCGGGAUGCACACUGCGGCCGUCACCAUGGCGUUGACCCCUCUGGCGCCGGUGUCGCAGAUCGGUGACGGGCAGAUUCAGGGGCCCGUGGUGACUGCCGGUGUGCCUGACAACAUUGCCGUGACGACUCCAACGACAGCAAGUUCGGUUGUGCCAACUUCGAGUGUUCCUGUUCCUGUUCCUAUCCCUUUCCCUCCACAAGGACAAGACCAUCCUUCUGCGGCUGCAACACCGAGCAAGCCCCCAACUGUGAUCGAGCAGGCGUGCGGCUUCUCGACGCGACCGAGCCUUGUCCCACCACCGUCGACAUCCUCUAUUCCACCCUCACCCACCUCGCCCGAUCUCAAUGCAGCCCCAUCUUCAUCCUCAUCCUCGUACUCGUCGAUCUCAUCACCAUCACCGACGUCACCCCUGGUCUCCUGCCUGACGAAUUCAACCCUCCGCCUGCACUUGAGCGACAACAACUUGUACGAUGCGUUCAACCGGACCGGCUAUAUCGCAUCAAACUACCAGUUCCAGUUCGAUGGGCCCCCGCAGGCCGGGGCGCUGUGGACGAGUGGGUGGAGUAUCUGUCCUGUUGACAACAACAAUAACGACAACAGCGCCAACGGCGACGGCGGCGACAAUAGCACAAUUCCGAGUGCCAGCCCAAGUGACGGUGAAGGCCCCGGUAUCAGCACCCUGGCGCUCGGCGACAGCACCACGUUCUGGCAGUGCCUCAGCGGCGACUUUUACAACCUCUACACAGAGAACUGGGCCGCGCAGUGCAGCCCGGUCGAGUUGCGGGUGGUGAGUCUGGUGGACUGUGGUGGUGGUCGGUGA